CACUUCAGCACCAAGAUGUUGUCCACAGAAUCGAUAGACCCUUCGCUCGAGUUAAUUUCUCGGACUCGAAUUCUGCCAGACGAUCAUACCAGAGCGGGGACACGCACAGUGCCACUCUCUAUCCUCGACAACACGGUUGUCAACUAUGCGAUGACAAGCGCAGCGUGGUACUACGACAAGCCGGCGGGCAACGCUCCAUCUUUCUCGCCCGAGCUAGCAUCAAAAUCCUUGCAGAAGACGAUCAACGCGUACCCUCAGUGGGCUGGUCAACUACAGUGGAUGCCGUACGACCUGAGCCAUGGACAGCGCCACGGCCGCGUGUGCAUCUCCUACGGGUCGCCCGCCGAUCCUGGUGUCGAGUUCAUCGUGACGCGUUUCCCGACAACGCUCGAGUCCCUCAUUCCAGACAACGACACCCGCAUCACGGCCGGCGCGUGGUGCGCGGACGGUUUCCCGGCCGCCGAGCUGCUCUGUCCCACCGAGCUCGCUCUAUACAACACUAAAGAGUACACUGGCCGGCCCUCGGUGUCCGUCCAGCUCACCGCGUUUGCCUGCGGAGGCUUCGGCGUCACGCUACGGAUCGUGCACCCCAUCGCGGACGCGACGGCCAUGCACCAGUUCGUCAAAGACUGGGCAGCCAUCCACCGCGCGCUUCUCAACGCCCAGCCGCUGCCGACUCCUGCUCCCAUAUUCGAUCCUUCUCUGGUAAACAAGGCCGCAGCCGGAGACCUCACAAGGCCCGCCAUCGACCCCGAGAUCCUCCGCAUUGCCCGCACCCUGCCCUUGGUCCGGUACGACUGGUGGAAGUCCGCCCCUGGCUGCCCAGCCCCCAUGCUCCCCUCGACCGCCGUCCCCGCAGAACUCGCCGGUACCGACCUUGGCCCGUCCGAGACCCCCGCUCCCUGGGACACCUGGGACAUCUUCGCGCCUGUCUCGCACUGCCUGCUGUACUUCACCCCGGCCGAGGUCCAGCGUCUCUGGGAGGAUGCGUCUGCGCACCUCCCCGCAGGCGCACCACGCGUGAGUCGCCUCGACGCGCUGUUCGCGCACCUCUGGCGGCUCGUCGUACGCGCGCGCGGCCAGGCGGCAGAUCCCGCCCCGAACAACCUCGUCGUCACGCUUGGGGUACGCGGCCGUCUCGCGUCUCGGCUCCCGGACGCGUUUCUCGGCUCGCCGAUUACCCUCGCGGCCGCGUCUCUCCCCGGGGAAACGCUCGCGGACCCGUCGUCACUUGGCGCGGGCGCGGCAGCAAUCCGUGCGGCGGUCACGGCGUUCACUCCGGAGAAGCUUGCAGCAUUCCUCCACGAGCUCGCGUACGCGGUGAACCCUCAGCGCAUCUGGCGCGCGUUCCUCGGCGAGCGACACUCAGUCGUGACCUCCUGGCUGGGGCUCGACUUGUACGGGAUCGAUUUCGGGAGUGGUGCACCACCGCGGUACGUCGAGGCGGUCCUACCGAAUAUGGACGGCGUCUUCCAUGCUAUGGAAGCUAAGGCAACAAGUGGAGACGGGGCAUUGCAGGGCGGGAACAGGCGUUGGUACGACGGACCCGUGUGCGUAUCUUUGCACUUCAACAAGGAAGCCAUGCGCAAGCUCUUAGAAGAUCCUGAGUUACGCAAGUAUAAAGAUAUGUAG